AAAAGAAAGAGAGAGAAAAUAGGGAACUGGCAGUAAAAAGUGUAGAGAGAGAGAGGGGACGACUUGUUGUGCGGCGUGUCUUCAAGUGUCGUGCAUGCAUUUUUAUGCAAUCUGUUGCUUUGCAUGCAUUCUCUCUCCUCUGUCUGAACUAUCUAUCAAAUACACGUUUUCUUGGGGGCUAAAAGCCCCACCACCGCCGUAACGCUCUGAGGGAUCCAUCGUCAUCUCCACCUAGUUGACCCUGUAGUUCUUCAUCUUCAGUUUUGGCAGAGCUAUAUUUAUUGCUACUGGUUGAAAAAUUAUAGUCUUAUGAGGAUGAACAAGAAAUGGGUUUGUUUCUGUGUUCGUUGCUAUUGUGAAUGCGAACACUUCCAGAUUUGGGGUCUUCGAGGAUUGGGACGAGUGCUGUUAGGGUUUUGAUUUGGAUUUGCAUCUUGCUCUGCUCGAAGAUUUCGAUUUUGGGUUAAUGGGGCCAAAGAUUUGCAUGAAUGCUUCAUGCGCAGCAACCUCCACGCAUGAAUGGAAGACAGGCUGGCCUCUGCGAUCCGGUGGAUUCGCCGAUCUCUGUCACAACUGCGGAUCUGCCUAUGAGGAUCUGGUUUUCUGUGAUAUGUUCCACUCAAAGGAAACUGGUUGGAGGGAAUGCAGUUUAUGCAACAAGCGUGUACACUGUGGUUGCAUAAUAUCUAAGCCUUUGUAUAAGUGCCUGGACUUUGGGGGCGUUGGGUGUAUUAGCUGUGCAAAUGGCCCUGGACUUUAUCCGAUCUGGAGGGGUGAAUUUCCUAAUGGAUUUGGUUCAUUGACUGUAAAUAAUGCUGGUGAUUCACUCUCCCCUCCUGUUGAGAAAAGAUUGGUCACUGGCGAUGAGGGAAAACUUAUGCAAUUGUGCAGAAUAGUGGAAGAAGCUAAUGAACCAAACCUCUUGCCUAAAUCUCAUAGAGGUGAGGCAAAUGGAUCUCAAGUUGGCACGGGCUUUUCAAGUGUGAUUCAACCAUCUGUUGGAUUAGUAACAUUUGCCAAACCAGACAAUGGUAGACAAAUAUUAGAGGGUAAAGAUGUGCAAGGAUCACUAGCUCAGCCGCCUUUGAAUAUGAGCUUGGGAACUCCAAAUUUUGAGCUUCCCUUUUCUAGUGGGGUUGUAGAUGGAAGGGAGCAGAGCAAAACAUCUUCUCCCUCCCAACAAGGGCAAAGAUCUCGCCCUAUAUUGCCAAAACCAAUGAAAACUGGCCUCACUGCAAGUUCAGAGACAAAUAAAAGUGUGGCUCAGAUGCGAAUUGCGAGGCCUCCUACUGAAGGACGGGGGAAAAAUCAGUUACUUCCCCGAUACUGGCCAAGGAUUACUGACCAAGAGCUGGAGCAAUUAUCUGGAGAUUUGAAUUCUACUAUUGUGCCAUUGUUUGAGAAAGUGCUCAGUGCCAGUGAUGCUGGUCGGAUUGGUCGUUUGGUUCUCCCAAAAGCAUGUGCUGAAGCUUAUUUUCCCCCCAUUUCUCAAUCAGAAGGCCUACCUUUAAGGAUUCAAAAUGUGAAGGGGAAUGAGUGGACAUUUCAGUUCAGAUUUUGGCCCAAUAACAACAGCAGGAUGUAUGUUUUAGAGGGUGUUACCCCUUACAUACAGUCUAUGCAAUUACAAGCGGGUGACACUGUAACAUUUAGUCGGAUAGAUCCUGGAGGCAAACUUGUCAUGGGGUUUCGAAAGGCAUCAAACACUGAAGAUACACAGGAUGCCCAGACAUCUGCCCUUCUCAGUGACACACUUUCUAGGGAAACAUCCUUGUCUGGUGUUAUUGAGAAACUGCCUUCAGGAAGUGUUUUUUCUGGGCUUUUCCAAACCAUGAAAGGAAGCAAGGAGCCACAUCAAAAUGCUUCCUGUGAAAAUUUGAAUUUAGCAGAUGAGGAUAUCGCAUUGCAUAAUAGUGAUAACUAUAGGGGCAGGAUGAAUGAAGAUUCACCACGGCAGCCAAUGCAAAUUCCAGAGAAAAAGAGGACACGAAAUAUUGGAUCUAAAAGUAAGAGGCUACUAAUGUAUAGUGAAGAGGCUCUGGAGCUGAGAUUUACAUGGGAAGAAGCACAAGACAUGCUUCGUCCACCCCCAAGUUUGAAGCCUAGCAUUGUUACUAUUGAGGGCCAUGAUUUCGAAGAAUAUGACGAACCACCAGUUUUUGGAAAGAGGACUGUAUACACUACCCUGCCAUCCAGGGGACGGGAACAGUGGGCUCAGUGUGAUGAUUGCUUCAAAUGGCGAAGGUUACCUGUGGAUGUUCUUCUACCUCCAAAGUGGAUGUGUUCAGAAAAUGUUUGGGAUUCAAACAGGUGCUCCUGCUCUGUUCCAGAGGAGAUCAGUCUAAAGCAAUUGGAGAAUUUUCUGAAAGCAAGCAAAGAUUUCAAGAAGCGGAGAAGUGCAGAGAGCCAUAAGUCAGUCCAGGAAUGUGAGCCUUCUGGCUUGGAUGCUUUGGCCAGUGCUGCAUUUCUGGGAGAGAACGUGGGUGAUACAGGUGAACCGUCAGUUGGAGCCACCACCAAGCAUCCCCGACACCGCCCUGGCUGCACUUGUAUUGUUUGCAUCCAGCCCCCAAGUGGGAAGGGCAAGCACAAGUCCACAUGCACUUGUAAUGUUUGCAUGACUGUAAAGCGCAGGUUUAAAACCCUAAUGCUGCGCAAGAAGAAAAGUCAAUCAGAGGGAGCAGAGACUGCCCAGAAGGAAGAUGACUACAAUAGAGAUGAAUCAGAAAUGAAUGGUCCAUCAAGAAAUGGACAUUUGCCUAUGAUUUAUCUGGGGAAUGAAGCAAGCCACAGCGGAAAUCAAGCUGAGGAGGCUGAGACCAGUAAUGGGAAAUUAGACCUCAAUUGCCAUCCCAACCGUGAUGACAUGCAACUGGAUCUGGAAGUACCGGGAAUGAGUCUGCUGAGCCUUGUUCAAGCAGCUAGCCUUCCAUUAGAGGAUUUUAUGAAGCAACGAAGGGUCCCAAGCUUGACAUGUGAGCAACAGGGUUGUCCAGGUAUAUACACACAAGUUACCGAAGAAAACGAGAGACCUCUGUUGAAUGAAGGGGGCCUUGCAUCUGAGGUUUGGGACUGUGAAAGUAGUAGAGAUCAUGGUGGUUAUCAUGAGUCCAAGUUAGACUGAAACGAUCUUCUCCAUGCAUGGAGCAGAGCUUUCUUUUAUUUUUUUAUUUGUUUAUUCGCAAGGGUUAUCAUGAGUCCGAGUUAGACUGAAACCAUGCAUCUUCCAUCAUGAAGAAGAAGAGCUUCUGUUUUUUGUUUGCUCUUUGAAAGAAUAGGUUUGUUAGCUUUAUAUUUUCAAACGAAACACUGUUCCUUGCC